AUGGCCGCAAGGUACAUUAUGCAAGGAGCUUUGAGAAAAUUUUUGUUUGGUCUUACAGAUGAUGAAGAUGAUACUGAGCAGAAUGUUAUAGCAGUGGCUACGCUUUUGGAUUCACAAAGGAGGCAAGGGCUACAUCAACCCAUCCCAAAUGAAGUCAAGGAACGUCAGAAGGUGCACAAAAACCGUGUAGAUGCCGAUGCAAGGAUGAUGCAUCAAUACUUCAACUUCAGGUGUACAUAUGGGCCAAAGAAGUUCAAAGGUCGGUUUGCUUUGCCUCGUCCCCUUUUUCUGAGAAUUUUAGAGCAAGUUUGUGAUUAUGACCAUGAUUUUCGUCAAAAAACCGAUGCUUGCGGUAUUCCUGUCCAUUCUCCAUAUAUGAAAAUGGUUGCCGUCAUGAAACAUUUUUCCAAAGGAAUUGUACCAGAUUCUCUAGAUGAUUACACACAAAUGGCAGCAUGCACUAUCUACUUUUAUGCUAAGAAGUUUAUGGAUGCAAUUAUUUGGAUCUAUACAUGCGCAUGGAGAGCAUGUCCUAUGGAUCAGGAAGGAUCCCACGUGGGUUAUAAGUCAAUUCCCACGGUUGUUCUGCAGGCGGUAGCUUCAUAUGAUAGAUGGAUAUGGCAUUCCUAUUUUGGGUUGGGUGGGCAGAAUAAUGAUUGUAAUGUCUUGCGUGCUACGGGUUUGUUCGAUAGAGAACUUAAUGGUGUAGAACCUACUUGUCAUUAUCAAAUCAAUGGAAGAAACUACAAUACGGGGUACUAUGUACGAGAUGGAGCAUAUCCUAUGUAUGGUUGUCUUGUGCAAGCACACAAACCCGCCUCAAACAACGCGAAAAGUCUUUUCAAUCAAUAUCAAGAAGCAAAAAGGAAAGACAUUGAACGUGCAUUUGGUGGUCUAAAGGGUAAGUUUGGUAUUAUAUUGAAACCAUGUUGUUAUUAUAAAAAAUUGGACAUGAAGUCAAUUAUGAUGGGGUGCUUGAUAAUGCACAAUAUGUGUGUUGAGAUGGAAUAUCGCAAUGAGGUUUGGAGGAUGAUCUCGGGACAAGAACCUCAACCGCCAAUUCAAGGAAAUAUAAGGCUACCUCCUCAAGUAUUGUACAACCCGGCGCGUUGGGCGGAACUUCGCGAAGAACUCACUACACACAUUUGGCUACGACAUGGACAUGGUUUGGGAGAUGGAGAUAUUCUGAACCUAGUGAUGGAUUAUGCCUUACCGGAAGUUCAUGAGGGUACAACCGACGUGGACACCGAUGAAGACCAAUAUGACCCUCAAGGAGAUGGAGCAUUUUAUGAGAAUGGAGAGUAA